AUGUGGCGGCCUGUGGUGCGUACGUACGCCACGCAGGCGCGUGAACAAACCGCGCGCAAGGGCGGUCGGACUGCAGGAGGUGGCAGGAGUGACCCACGUCCGCGACCGACUCUUACGAGCGUGCCGCUGCCGCCAUACCGCCAGUGGCUCAAGAGUGGUGCGCAGGCCUAUCGCUUCCCCAAGCCGCGUCGUGGUCCACACUGGCUGGGCGAGACGCCAUUCCCUCAAAACCCCUUUUUCCAUCCACCACCACCAGUGCACCAAAGCGUGCGUGAUGACAUGUGGCGUCUGCACACACAAUCGCCGCAGCAGUGGACGGUACGCUCGCUGUCGUCCAAGUUCCGGAUCAGCCUCGAACGUACGGAGGCGAUUUUGCGUCUCAAGGCGCUCGAGGAUGUUUAUACACAAGAGGGCAAGCCACUGCAGACAGAACUGCAACGACAUAUGGAGCGUCUGCUGGGCUCGCGCCCAUCCUUCCUCGCCGAGUCGCAGCCUGUGCCUGCCACGGCACCACACUCACCACGAGGAGCGCCAUACGAAGAGCGAAAUGAGAGCACGACGCCAUCCACAUACACAUCCCCGCUAGCUGAAGCUCUCAAAGCUGCGAAUCGAAACCGUCGUGAAGUGAUGCGGCACAUCCCCACAGGCGCGCCGAAUCGACCCGACCACGACCGCACGGUCGAGGCUUCUCGCGAAGGACGCGCACCGAUGCGCAUUGUGUCUGUCGGCGCCGAUUCAUACAUGGGUGUGGGCACACUGGAACGCAACAAAAAGCGUGCAUUGUAUCGUGCCGCGCGGCGCAGUAGGCGGCGUGAAAAGCUGCAACAGCAGCAACCAUAG